UAGCUGACAGCUCUAUUGUUGGUCUCCGCUCUCCACCCAGCUCCUGUGCCCUCACAAAAACUAACUGCCAAUAGCUCAUGGAAAUCUGCCUGCCUUGGCAUAAUUGAGCUUCCCACUAUUCAGUCUGAUAACAUUUUUUGGGGGAAAAGAGUGUGUCUGUAGGUGCAAGAUGUACAGCUUUAUGGGAGGUGGAUUGUUUAGUGCAGGAGUGGGAAAUAUACUCCUGGUGAUCUCCACUGCCACUGAUUACUGGAUGCAGUACCACAAGUCUGGCAGUUACAUGCACCAUGGCCUGUGGCGCUACUGUGUACCUGGAAAAUGCAUGACACACACAGACAGCAUCGCAUAUUGGGAUGCCACCCGGGCCUUCAUGAUCCUCUCCAUCUUAGCUUGUUUCUUUGGCAUCAUCAUCGGUGUCAUAGCUUUCAUCAAUUACUCCUCCUUUAACGGAUUUGACAAAACCUUUGCUGCGGGAAUUCUCUAUUUCAUUUCAUGCUUCUUUGUGUUGCUGGCUAUGGCUGUCUACACUGGGAUGACAGUCAACUACUAUGGAAAACGAUAUGGGAACUGGCGGUUCUCGUGGUCGUACAUAAUGGGUUGGGUUUCUGUGGUGCUCACUUUCUUUUCAGAAUUUGACAUGCCUUCAUGA